AUGCACACGAUAAAUAUAGAAGGGCAUUCAGUUAGAAGCCCGCACGAACUGUACGAGCCGCAGAAACAGUCGGUUGAAACCAUCCUAAAAUGUCUGGUAAGCGGAGAGUCAGGGAUGAUAGAAAGCCCCACAGGCACAGGAAAGACACUCAGCAUACUUGCAGCAGUAAUAGCUUGGAUAGGAGCAAAGAGCCCCGCAGACCAAAAGGGCAUCAAAGUAUUCAUUACAACAAGAACCAUAAAACAGGCAUACCAGCUGAUAGACCACAUGAAAAGAAUGGAGAAUCCCCCGAGUAUGUCUCUUCUUGCCUCGAGAAAGCACCUGUGUCUGAACCCAGACGUGAAGAAAUCAAAAGACAUAGAUACGGCUUGUAAAAACAAAGUAAAAAGUGAAAAUCCGCAGGACAAGUGUAGAUACUAUUUUAACUCACAGAAGGACGACAAGAAAAAAAAAGAUACAAUGGAUAAUAGGGUGCCAAAGGUCUUCUCCAUUGAAGAUCUACUCAGCACAGGCAAAACAUGCAACGCCUGCCCGUACUACUACACCCGAGAGAAGCAGAACAAUGCAACCAUCAUAUUCUCGCCAUAUAACUACAUAAUAAACCCAAGAAUAAGAAAGGCCAUGGGAAUAACCCUAGACGAUGCAGCAGUAAUAGUAGAUGAAGCACACAACAUAGAUGAUGUCUGCAGGUCCACAGGAUCCGUGGAGAUAGACACACCUCUAGUUGAAAUCAUAGACAAAAUAGUUACAUUGAGUCUAUCACGGCCUCUGCACAGCCCAGAGCUAGAAGAAGCCCUGAGAGUGGUAAAGAUGUUCCUCACUAAGAUACUUAACUACAUCAGCGAAAUACCCAGCAGAAUAAACAAAGAAGGGCUAGAAGCAGUAGUCAGCCAAACAGGAGAAAAAGAGGCAGCUAUACCGCAGAAUAAUAUCCAAAACGAGCUGAAACUCCUGGGAAUCUCUGAAGAAACAUUUAAAGGUCUUGAAAUGAGCAUACACACAGUGCUAGAUGAGCUGGUGCUCGAAACAUUCAUCGAGCAGUGGCUGCACCAGAUCCUCUCGGUGUUCAACUACAUGAUGCAGCCGAGCCAAAAAGAAAAGUACGGAAUGGUUAUCACAAAAAAUAAAAUAUCAUUUCUGCUGCUGCACGCAUCCGUGGUGUUCAAUGAAAUAUACGAAAAAGCGCGGUGUGUGGUGCUGCUGUCAGGAACGCUCUAUCCAUUUAAGGAGCUAGCACGGGAGCUAGUGAGCAGCAAUCCUCUCAAGGCGUUUGUGCACUUUAUGCAGGCAGGGCACAUAAUACCACGAGAACAGCUGAGUACAUCUGUAGUAUCGUCGUACCAUGGGACAGAAAUACUGGGAACAUACGCAGGAACACAGCAGAAUAAAUACUACCGCACGAUUGCUGAUGUAAUUGUCGAUGUAGCGCACAAUCUUGAUAGGAUAGGAGGCGUGCUCUGUUUUGUUCCCAGCUAUGCAGCCAUCAAUAAGCUAACUCCCCUGCUAAAUCGGUCAGUCUGUCUGAUUGUUGAGUCAAAGUCAAGCGACGAGUUCGAGGGAGCCCUGCAGGAGUACAGAAGCAGGUGCAGAAGAGGCAAGUGUGUGUUCCUGUGCGUGUUCAGAGGAAAGGCAAGCGAAGGCAUUGACUUCAGAGACCACGAGUCGCGUGCUGUUGUUCUCGUGGGGAUUCCGUACCAAAGCGUGCGCGAUCACUCGAUAAUACUGAAGAAAAAGUACAACAACCAGUAUCUAGGAAACACAGGAAGCGAGUGGUACAACCUACAGGCGUACAAGGCAGUGAAUCAGGCAAUGGGGAGGUGCAUCAGACACCUAAACGACUGGGGGAGCAUAUUCCUCGUGGACACAAGGUAUGCAAAGAGCAUAUCGCCCAGGAGCAACACGCUCUCGCAGUGGGCCGUGGAGAAGUGCAGCAUAAUAAAAAGCAAGGAGGACAUGAUGAAAACCUUCCUGCCGUUUGUGGAAAGACAGAAGCCGCACAAGACAGCGCCAGAAGAGAUCACGGAGAACAGCAGCAACCAGAUGAAAAGGAAGAUAGUGUACUUUGACAAGUCGAGUGGCGUCAAGAGAUUCUUUGACAGGUAG